AUACCUUGCGUCCCCUAUUAAGAAAAUUUAAGCACAAAUGUCAAUAAAUUAUUACCAGCUUAUUGAAUAUACGAAAGUCAGAUCCGUCAAGGCUGGGUGUGGGGAGGGGAAGACCUUCGCUCUAAGUAGCCGUUACGGGUUUAGGGAGCAAGACGAAUCGCAUGUGGAUUGCCUGCCAUGCAGAUUUGAACGAACGGCUUCCUUCAUCUCUUCCUAACCUCCUUGGCGGCCAAAACCCCCCUCUCUCUAACGGUCGAAAAAAAAAUUGUAAAUCUUCCAUCUCUCUCCUGUACAUCAUCUUUUGGUCUCUCUCUCUCGCUCGCACACAUUAAUCCGAUAGAAAGAAGAUAGCGGUUCUGUUUUGCAAAGAAUUACUUCGUCCAAUCGAUCACUUCAAGAUCUGAAUGGAGAAUUCUAGGGUCAGUUCUUCUUCCGAUCUCUCCAACAAGAACCAUGCGAAUCCCAGAUGCCACCUUUCUCCAACCUCCCCUUAUAAUGCUACAGAUCAUACCGGCAGAACCACAGAUUCCGGGGACUCAUUCGGUGACAAGAUUAACGAGAGCAACCAAGAGACUAUGAACCACCAUUUCACAAAGCCCAUGGGUUCGAACUACCACGCUUCUGGAAAGAUUUUUAAGCCUUUUACUGGGCACACUGUACCGGCGGCGUCAAAAGUGGCCUCAACGAAGAAGGAAAUCCUUGGUGAAAACGGCGAAAUCUUGAAUUCUUCCGAGUCUAAUGCUGUAGACGAGGGGGCAAUCUCAACAACCAUGUAUUCAAGCUUUAUCAUGAUGGCGGAAGAAAGCCUUAACGAGUCUGCGAAGGCUGCCCCUCACCAAAGCACAGCAUCCUCUUCUAGUGUUCAAGGCAUCCCUGAUGCUUGUGGGCUCCAUUACGUGAAGGAUUGCGAACGAAUCACAUCUUCUCUUCCCUAUGACCCUGUCAACAACUAUUUAACGCCGAGGCCGCAAUAUCUUAGAUACAGGCCUAAUCGGCGGCUUGAAUGGGUGCUGAGCAACAAAAGACGCCCGGAUGAUGAGGAACAAUCUGUUUCCGAUGAAUCCAACAUGGACCAGAUAGAAAAAGAUCGAAAUUUCUCAGAGGGUGAGAACUUGUGCAUUCUCUCUUCUGAGGAUGAGAGCUCGGAGAACCACGAAGAUUGUUCAGGGUUCAAUCAAGAAAAUAGUGACGCUAACCCAGCAAAGGGGACAAGAGAAUCUCGGGAAGAUAAAGACGACGACGACGACCAUUGUGAGGAGAUAAACGGCUCAAGUUCCAGUCUCCUGUGCCGCGCAAUUAUCUUCGUUUUUGUACUUGGAGGCUUCUCUUUAUGCUGUAUGGACUGGCCUCCUGCCCCUACUUCACAUACAUUUCCACACAAAAUAAUCUUUCAGGCGAAGUAUGUAGCUAGAAGCUUGAAGGAAACGCCAAAUUCUUUCCAGUGCAAAUGUUUGAAGGUGAUAGAGAACCGCAAUAGGGAGAACCAAAAUGAAAUUCUCCAAGUUCUUGCUGGAUAUCUAUGCGCUGUGCUAUAUCCACAUAGUGCAGGCCAUGAGGCUCAAUCUGCACAAACGUACCCUAUCUCCACUGUUGAGAAUAGGAGCUGUCGUGAAAAUUCUAGCCAUAUUUCUGGUCUAGAAGAUGAAGUACCUCUGUCAAUGUAUCACCAAAAUAUUUUGGAACACAUCGGCAAUGAAGAAAGUGAUGAUAGUUCAAGAAUGGCAGUAGAAAGAGAACCUGUGGAGCAGGAACCUUCCCUGCUAGUGGGAACUCUGGAGAAUGCCGGUGAAGAAAAUGAGAUGCAAGAAACAAGGAGAGUCAACAAUGGGACAGGAGAAGCAGAACAUGGCCUGCCUAAAUAUUCUAAGCCGCUGGAAGUUCUUAAAGAUGAUAAUGAGACAGAAGAAAUUGAAUAUGAGCUGCGCAUAUUCGAAGUCCCAGAGGAUCUGGGUGAUGGUGAGCUAACCGGUGGGCCAGACUAUAUUGUAGUCAUGGAACCAGAAGUGGACCAGAUAGUCAGUGAGGAGGAAGAAUAUGAAAUCAACGAUACUGAAGAUCAGCUAGGCAUUGACACUGAUAAGCAACUGAAUGACGACGAGAGUGAAAUCAGAGGCCAACGGAGUUGGUUGCGCAAAAAUAAGGCGACAAACAAUUUUGUAGUUGGAAUUUUUGCCUUAACUGCUGUGAUUUCAACCACUUUCUACAUUUUUCAUAGGAGGAAGAACAGCAGAGUAGGAGGAGCUGGGGAAGUUGGGACCCCAUUCUUGUCUUGUGAAAAAGAGACUACAGAGAUGGGAAGUGCUCAUUCGCCAGAUGGGAGAAUCGAUGGCGUAAAUCAACCAAGGGCAGUAAGGGAAAGUCAGGAGGCUCAAACAGGACAUCGUCUUGCAACUCAUUCGCCAGAUGGGAGAAUCAAUGGCGUAAAUAAACCAAGGGCAGUAGGUGGAAGUCAGGUGGCUCAAACAGGACAUCGUCUUGCAACUUCGAGCGUUUGCUGUAACGAGGAUGCCGGGGCUAAUCUGGCAGCCUCUUCCAAGGGGAACCAUGAUGUGACUUCAAGCCUUCACCCCAGUAUGGAUGCUGAGGCUAAACCCGAAGUUUCUUCCGGGAGAAGAUACAGAAAGAAAAAUGUAACCACUUACACUAACCUUGAAGCAGUGACGCCUCCUUCAGAAAACUCUACUGCCGCAUCCUUUUCAUAUGGGAGCUUCUAUUCUCAGGGGAAAUUUAAGGGAAGUGGAGAUGAAGGAAUGGUGACUCCUGUGAGGAGAUCAAGCAGGAUCCGCAAGCAAGUGUAUUCUCCACGAUAGUUCCUGAUAAACUCUCCAACGAGGUCACUAGAUUCACGAAUCUGAAUCAAUUUGAUGUGGGAAGCAACUCGAACUAUGUGCAUCUGUAGUGAGACUGUUCCCGUAUAUUGAUGGAACUUGUCAAGUUUGAACUGUCAUUAACUUCUUAUCUACUUUUGUUUUGAAUAUAAUUGUUCUUAGUCCAA